AUGGUCGUCGCAGCCAAGGCCAAAUGGCUUAAAAACACAACCGAGCUCCAAACCUGCCUUGGAGUCAACUUCAAAUCCUGCUUCAACUGCCAGGGCCACUCCGCCACAAAGUCUUCCUGCGGCAACGCGGUCAGCAAAGCCUCGCGAUCCGAGAUGCCGUUUGUGAUGCUCGACAUUAUUAACUGCGGCAACCUGGCGUCUGCGUCUGUCCACCUCGAGCAACUCGCCAGUCUUGCCUUGUGCAAGAGAUCUCACCAGUCACAGGCUGGAGAGAUGGCUACGCAGUGGAAGGCUCGGAUCCGGCCAUACCUUGAGGUCGGCAACGAUGAUGGCGUCGCUGAGGAAAAUGAUGCCAAGACAUCUCCUGUCAGACCACAGCGUACCGCCAUGAUCACGCCCCCUUCCGCUCCCAUCGUCAACAAAAGGGACGUCCGGCAGCCGCGCACUGCGGCGCCGCCUCCUCCAGUCACACCGAGACGAGCCACGCGAGCCCCGAGAGGCUCCGCCUCGUCUACCGCCGUCCUCAUUGAAGAGGAUCUUGGAGAUGAUUCCGAAGAAGACGAUUCCGACGGAGAAAAUUCUGGAGAGGACUCUGAAGAGGAGGAGAAAUAUUUUGAGCCCGAGCCGGUUCGCAGCCAAACCAGCCGCGCCCGGGCCCCGGCUCCAUCGGUCAAGUGGGAACCCAACGGCAAGGCUGGCUUACCUUACCCGUACCCAAGCCAGAAGGAGGGUCGAGAGAACCUCGAGUACAAGCUGGCCAAGGCCCAGGCGGAACUGGCGAUGUAUGAAGCGUGGGCCAGACUUCAAAAGUUUGAGUAG